AAACCCACAACUCUUAUCAUGGCCAACCUCCAAUCCAACUACAUGGAAGAAGACGAAGAAGAAGACGGACAAUCCAAACCCACCUCCGCCGAGCCCAUUACAUUAGCAGAACCCGAGCUUAUUAUCAACCCACCACCACCACCACCGGUCACCGACCAUCUCAACGGCAACAAAACCGAAACCGAAGCCUCCGAAGAUCUCUCCGAGUCUCUCAAAUCCCAAGACAACGACAUCGAAAUCGACGACGACAACAACGACGAUGAAGACCCGCAUCCCAAGAAGCAGAAGAAUCUCUCUUCUCUCACCCCCACUGCAUCCGCGCCGGCUUUUCAGGGCCCGGACCCGGCCCAAUUGCCCCAACCCGUACCCGAAUCGAACCCGGCGCAGCAGCAACCCAAGAAGUCGAAGAAGAAGAACAACAAUGUGUGGGUCACAAAGUCGACCCGGAAAGGGAAGAAGAAGACCAAGCCCAACGCCAACAACAACACCAACCUCCCCGGAGAGGACAAGGUCCUCGUCACUCCGGUGGCCAGGUUCCCGGACAAGUCCGACGACACGCCCGAGAUGACCAUCUGCCUCUCCAAGGUCUACAAGGCCGAGAAAGUCGAGGUCAGCGACGACCGGAUGAGCGCCGGCAGCACCAAAGGGUAUAGGAUGGUGAGGGCCACUAGGGGAGUUGUGGAAGGCGCUUGGUACUUUGAAAUAAGGGUAAUGAGCUUGGGAGAGACAGGCCACACGAGGCUCGGGUGGUCCAAUGACAAAGGGGACCUUCAGGCGCCGGUAGGGUAUGAUGGGAACAGCUUCGGGUAUAGGGACAUUGAUGGGAGUAAGGUGCAUAAGGCAUUGAGGGAGAAGUAUGGAGAGGAAGGGUACAAGGAAGGUGAUGUUAUAGGGUUUUAUAUAAACUUGCCGGAUGGGGGGUCUUAUGCCCCCAAACCUCCGCAUUUGGUUUGGUACAAGGGGCAGAGGUAUGCUACCGCAACUGAAGCCAAAGAGGAUGAUGUGAAAGUAGUGCCUGGAAGUGAGAUAUCUUUUUUUAAAAAUGGGGUAUGCCAAGGCGUUGCUUUUAAAGAUCUAUAUGGUGGUCGUUACUAUCCUGCUGCUUCAAUGUAUACUCUUCCCCAUCAACCAAAUUGUGUGGUCAAGUUCAACUUUGGUCCUCAUUUUGAAUUUUUUCCAGAAGACUUCAAUGGAGGUCCAAUGCCCAAGCCCAUGGCUGAAGUUCCUUAUCAUGGGUUUGAAAACCGCACUGAAAAUGGAGUAUCCAAUGAGAAGAACAAUUAGCCAGAAAGAAGUGCCUUUCAACCAUGAAGUAAAGAAGAACGUUUAUCAUGGAUUUAGGAGAUGGCAAUGAGUGCAGGAUUCAUUUGUAAUCUAAAUUGUUGCUAAAGUCAGAACAUGAAAAUCACUGUAUGCUUUACUUUUAUCUGACAGACGCUGCUUGAGAAAUAUAUAUUGAUAUUCUAUAAGCCUGAUUUUC